CAGUCGUAGACUGGCUCUUGACGUGGCUGAAAUUUCCGAGAAAAGUUUAUCAGGUAAAUGAAUCUCUCAAUGGCCCUUCUCGAGCUAUAAUAUUCGACCAAAAUUCCCUCCUAGUCCCCAGCCGCAAACGUCGCAAUGGUCUCGACUUCUCUUGAUUUGGGACCUAUUCCAAACAGACAGCAUAAGAAAUCCAAGAAUGGUUGUUUACAAUGUAAACAGAGAAAAGUCAAGUGCGAUGAGAGGCGACCGCUUUGCCUAAACUGCUCCAAGCAUUUCCGUAACAUGGAAAAGUGUGAUUUUGCUCCCCCAGCCAAAAAGUCCGUAUCCUCUGGAGAUUAUGUGACUACCUCCCAGCCACGGAGUACCACGAGGAAACCCAAACAGGUGCGGAAAGGGGCAUCUAUCAACCUGUUUGGAAAUCCGGGAGGCGGAGUGGAUCCAUUCAAAUCUUGUGCUGGAAGCAACAUUCCAAAUGCCGAGCUUUUCAUGCAUCACUACUUCUCGAAUUUUAAAUCGAAGAACUUUCCAAUGGCUCUGGGAUAUCAAGAGAAACCCUUUCAGCAGACAUGGUGGUCAAUGGCUGCAGAUGACCCUGCUAUGUUCAAUGCAACUCUGCAACUGAGUGCAUUUGAUCUUGAAGUAUUGCAAGGAAGCAAAGAAACACAGAGUUCGAAGCUGCUUCUCAAUAAGGAAUGUAUCAGUCUCCUCAGACAACGUGUUGAAGAUCCAGUAUUGGGAAUUAGCGACGAGACUAUCGGCUCAAUUCUAGUCCUGACCAUAGUUGAGUUCGAGAGAGGCAAUUUGAGAAUGGUGAAAAUGCAUGUUGAAGGCCUGAAGCGAAUCGUCAGCAUCAGAGGCGGUCUGGACGCUAUUCGAGCUACGAAUCCAGUACUGACAAACUUAAUAUUUGGAAUCACAAUGACUGUCAUGACCGAACCCCAGUUCUUCUCGCCUACCGCUUGGAAACCUCUCGAAGACAUGCCAGAUUACUCCAACACGAAGAGCUUAUUCCACUAUGAAAACGGAGGUGUAUCAUCAACACUUGCAUGUGCCAUCCGGGAGCUGAGGAUUAUGACCAACAACUUCUCGAACCCACAGUGUAUCGGGUGGCCUGCGAGACCAACACCGACGCUGUGCUCGAACAUUUUAAUUCGCCUGCUUUCCAUACCAAUCCCGCAAGACCAGGGACCACUUGUAUCUUGUGUAUCUGAGUGUAUAAGACUCGCUACUGUUAUGCUAUGCUUCUUGCCUUUUCAACAUGACUAUCCCAGUCCUGAGUAAGUUGUUUUCAUUAGUCUUCCAGUCCAGCCCAGCCACUUCACCAUGUCUGCCUCUUCACUUUCUUAAGGACUUCCCAGUAUGUGAAGUCGUGGACAAUUCGUAACUUUAGCAGCCAGUUGUGGAUCUCCAAAUUUGAUUUGUGCCUCGCGAUUCCCAAUCUUGCUCUGUCGACUAAAAUAAUGCCGCUAACAGCUCUAGCCUUAUGUUCAACGUCCAACUCCACAAGCUCAAAGCCAACCUCGAAAUAAUGCUUGACAUCGGUUCCUCAAGUCAUCCCCUCCUGCCAUGGAUACUCAUGUCUGGAGGAAUAUUCGCGCAGGAGCCCGAGCGAGGAUGGUUCAUAGGCCAGCUCCUGUCCGCUUCAUCGGACUUGGGAAUAUACUCGUGGGGAGAGAUGUUAAAGUACUUGAUGAGUGUCAUUUAUAUCGAGUACUUCUGCGAGAUUCCUUUUCGACAGCUUUGGGAUGAGGUACUGCAAAAGAGGUCGGAGCUGGACUUGGUCGAUCUCGAUCCUUGGUAGGAUAGCUGGAAUAGAUAAACAUGAACAGCGAGGGGCGUUCUCUGGUGCAAAUCUCUGGUACGCUUGCGCCGCGAUAGAGUGAUGUCCCUUUUCUGAAGUCUAAUAAAACAUUGGACAUCGAAAAAGAAACGGUAUUGGCUUCGAACUAUAAAUACAUUUAUAGCUCUAUCCCAGAAUUAUCGAGGUAGCUAAUACCUUGUUGUUAUUCGUGCGGUGCACAUAAAAGUCUAGCGCCGAGAUGGGUUAUUCGCAACAGAACUCCCCGUUUGAGGAGCAUAAAUUCUCCAGUGUCUUAACAGCCUCUUACUCCGGCCAGACAAUAGCACAACUUUCCGUCACGAGACACAGAUAGCACCACGUGCAAUGUUUUGAUGUUUUGAUUUCGAAGCGACGGCUAAACCUCGAGGCGAGUCGGGAU